AUGAAAGCGCGGUUUGGAAAGGACACGGUGCUGCCAUUUGAAACGCCAGCGCAGUCAGAUGGAUCUAACUUGCUGGUUUCGCCACUCCUGCCUAUCGAUGUCAUCGAUAAGAUGAGAGAGAAAAAACUGUUGCUGGCUGUAGACAUGCUAAGAGAACAAGACAUUAAAAUACUGACCGAGACCGGCACCAUCACCGAAUUCGGCAUAUACAAGGUGCAACUGAACGUGGACCCAGAAAUUGACAUACAAAUCACCGCUGAUGUUAAGGAGAAGCCGUUAGACACAUCUUUUCUGAAAGACGUAAUGCUGUCGGAAUCCAGCCAGGAGUCUUCGUCAGAAUAA